GAUCUAGAAGACGUGGGAAGGAUAAGACAGGACACACUCAUAAUGGUAGUUUACUCGCCUAUUCUGAUCCUGCAGGGGAGAAGCUUCUUCAUCAGGGGACACUUCCCAGAACUAAUCCUCUACCAAAACCCCCUCGUGAGUACAGUAUGCUGCCCCCCUCGGAGCAAGAAUUAGCCGAGUACGGUCCGGCUAGUUAUGUACCCGGAGAUAGGUAUGAUGAGUACGGAGAGGGGCGGACAAGUGCGAGUAACUCUGAUCAGACUGGAACCUUAUCCAGGAACUCUUAUCAUUCAUCAGACCCGGAGCAGUGUCCUGACCUUCUAGAUAUUCCAAAUAGGUUUAAGCAUGCGAGUCCUACAAGCAUCUUUACAGCGCCUCUUCCUCCAAUUCCUUUCAACCCCCAUCAUCCUCAUCAACCCCUUCACCCUCAUCACCUAGUCUCACCUCCUCACAUGCAUCAUCAUACUUCUCCUUUCCAGCGUACCGGUACACUUCCUCAUAACUACACAAUGGGCACUCUACCCCAUCAUCCCAGAUCUGUCUCAUGUGAUCAUUCGGCCCAGGCUAACCAGGCGCGACCAGGUUACGUCACUCUACCCCGUCGGCCCCGCUCGUCUUGGGCCGGGGUCCGGGAUGGACCGGCACGGGACACCCCGUCGCCUGUUUCUUCCUUCAGGGACCCGAUCUACGACGGGGUGGGACCUCGGACGUCGGCCGAUGGGAGCAGUAAGCUGAGCCUUAACAGAUCCAUGGACCAUACUCCACGGGCAAUUCCGAAUGGGCGUGUACCAAUAAACGGGACCUCCCUGCCGCCGUAUAUCCCGCCGAUUGACGAGUCUCCAGAAAUAAAAUCUUCGAAACCCCUACGUGUAUCUCAUGCAGAGGAGCCGAAGCAGCAGCCGAUGAAUAAGAGGAGCGGUAUAACGAGCAGUCAGCAGACGCUCCUUGAGGAGAACCUAGCUGCUUACUGUGAACCUUGGGGAGCUUCUAUCAAACCUAACCCAGGAAACAGAGACAGCAUAGCGAGCAAUGAGAGUGAAAUUCUUCAAGAUAAAACAGAAAAAUGUUUACAGCCAAGUCCUGUGAUGUGUUCUACUCCAAAAAUUGGAACAGAUUCUCCGCCUUCCGCCCCCCUGGACACAAUACACGAGGCGGAAACUCCGACUCACGCCGGGGCGAAGCGGUUACCGCCGCCAACCCUUCCCAAACCGAAAGCUCGGCCCCUUCCUCCGCCCAAGCCUAAAAAGUCGGUCCCAGAGAUCAACGGCUCCGGAGAAAUGUUUCAGGAUGAGACAGUAGAGGGUGGAUCAGAGGUAUGACGAAAAAGGGUUACAUUCAGAUUUUAGGGUGAAAACAGAAUCUGAAUUUAAAAGGUCUAAGAAGAAGAAAAAUUAGAAAUAAAAACUCGAAAAAUAAUGUCAAAGAAACAAAAGACAGGCCUAAUCUAAAAAGCCUCUAGUCUACAAAUUCAGCAAAUUAAUGCCUAACCUGAUUCCUCAUCAUUGGCAAAUGGACGUCAAUAGAGUGA